AUGCGUUCAAAGGAAAAAAAGGCUAAGAGUGCGAUCGAUGACUUGCCACCGCUCGUCCGCAGCUUGGGUCCUAGCAUGGACGAAAUAGGCGUCAACUAUUUCCUACGCUGCUUUGUCUUUGGCGGCCAAACAUCCUCGCGUGGAUGCCUUAACUACUUGCCAUCUGUUUAUCAUGCCGAUGGCGAGCAGCCCACGCUAGUAGCCAGCAUGGCGGCCGUGGGUCUUGUAGCGUUAGCCAAUUCGACUCAAGAGCCCGCGCUAGCUAGUCAUGCCCGCAUUAAGUAUUCAAAAGCGGUCUGUGAAGUGAACACUGCAUUAGCGUCACCGAUUGAAUCCGUCAAGGAUAGCACCUUAAUGUCAGUGAUUUCGUUAGGGGUGUUUGAACACAUCUCUAAACAUGAGUCGUGGGCUCGACAUGUCGAGGGCGCCGCCGCACUAGUGGUUGCCCGGGGCAAGAGCCAGUUUUCAAGCCCCCUCGCAAUCCGCAUGUUUAACCAAGUGCGUGCAGAUCUAGUGGUUGUCUGUGUCCAUGGCGCAAAGCCAUUCCCGAAGGAUAUGCUUGACCUGCAGGAAGAGGCAUCUAAGCAUCCAGAGUGCUUUCAUUCGUUUUGGCAGUUAGGGGUGUUGAGUACUCGGUGUGCAAACCUACUUAUGAGCGUCAGGGGCAAUAAGAAGACGGGGAAAAUCCCUUGGUCUGACCUCCUGGAAGAAGCGACCACGCUUGACGGUGACUUUCAUGAUCUUUCUGGGUGCCUCGCCGAACAAGAGCCGUAUAAGACCAGAGAGUCUGAAGGGGACCCAAACAUCAUUUAUAAUGGUCGAGUUGACCUGUAUCAGGAUUCGUGGGCAAUUAGACUCUGGAACAACAUGCGAAGCCUUCGAAUGAUUACCUGCGAGAUUGCAUGCGUCAUUUUGAAUAUUGCGCUUGCCACGAAUCUCGCACCGGCCGAUCGGGAGUGUAUAAAGCUAAGGCUCCAAAAGACAAUGCAAACCCUAUCCACGCUAGGAGACGACAUCCUGGCUACUGUCCCACAAGCUUUGGAGUCCCUGUUCUCAGCAUCUAAACCUGGCUCCCCUGUCAAUCUCUCCUUCGACGGCAACGUAUCAGGUGGGUAUAUGUUGACCUGGGGUCUCUACAUGGUAGGAAAAUCUCCGGCCGCGACAAGUGGAGCCCGACAGUGGAUCAUUCGACUUCUGCAGGAUGUCUAUAUGAACGCAGGCCUCUCAAUCGCGCUGCAGAUAGCCGAGCAUAUCAGGCAGAUAGAAGACGCGGCCAAGUACGAGUGA